GGGGAGGGGAGGGGAGGGGAGGGCAGAGGAGAGCAGAGGAACCUCCAUGGAGCCUUGCCGUCGAGUCAGGGUGGCCAAAUGCCAGAUGCUGGCCACCAGCUUCUUUGUUCUGCUCCUGGGCUCCGCCAUGGCUGCCACGGCCGCGCUCAGCUACUUCGGGCCCCACUUUGCUGUCAUCGGCCACGUGUCCGCAGACAGGAGAACCUAUGAGGCCGUGCACCACUGGGGACCCCUGCCCGGGCACCCUGACGCGCCCCCACCUCUGCCCCCAGCCUUCUUCGCUGGAAUCGUCCUGGCUGCACUCCUGACCCUGGGGGCCGUGCUGAGCGCUGCAGCCACUGUGAGAGGGGCCGGGGGCCUCAUGGCUGCGGCCUUCCUGAGCUUCGCCCUGGUGUUCUGCGCCCUGGCACAGGCGGCCUUCUGGAGGCUCCACAACCCCACCCAGGUGGAGGACGCCGCGCUGGACGCCUACGACCGGGCCUACGACCAGGUGGUGAGGAGCGCGUCCGGAACUGGGCGGCAGGAGCUGGUGGCCAUGCAGGACACGUUCUGGUGCUGUGGCAAGAGCUCGCCCCUCGGGCUCCUGGGGGGCUCGGAGGCCGACCUGUGUCAGGGGGAAGAGGCCACCAGACAGGACUGCCUGCAGGGGAUCCAGAGCUUCCUGAGGGUGCACGGGAACAUCGUCUCCACCCUGAUCAGCCUGGGCCUCGCCUUCACGGCGUACGCAAUGCUGCUUAGCUCCUUCAUCUGGUUCACCAUCCGCUCAGGCAGAUACUCCGUGAGCCAACGGGCCCGCAGCCACCCUCCCCAGGAGCCCAGAGUAUACAGAUGCAUCCAGGAGGGAUCCCGAUCUCCUCGCCGCCCGUCCAAAGCGGACGCUCCCAAGGGCCGUCUGAGUCCAAGCAGGUGCUCUGGUCAGCUUCUGCUGCCCCGGGACACCCACCCGCCUGCCCACGGGAGCGGAGACGCUACGGUCUGCACUCGCAUGUGACCCUGGUGGGAGGGGAGGCGGUUUCCCUCCACGUGGUGGGGUGCGGGGAGAGGAGGCUUGACCAGACCAGCACCUCCGUUUAAGCCGACGGGGGGCUGGGGGAGCAGGGGUCAACCGCAGGCUCUGGGGAGAGGCUAGCGGGGUGAGAGUGUGGGCAGAGGGAGAAGGUGGGCUUGGUAGGGCUCCCUGGCCCCCCACCCACAGGCUCUGGGGAGAUGGGAGGACCCACUGCAGGCUCGGGCAGACGGGGCAGUUCAGUUCUGCGCAGCGUCAAGACUGAGGCCCCACCCGUGUGGGCUGUCCCCGGCCUGCUCUCCUCCAGAGACCGCUUCCCCUCCUCACACGGCCCCCCAUCCUCACGCCGCAGGCAGGAGGGCCCCUGCUCCCCUCUGACCCUCCGGGCGGGAGGGCUGUCUGCAGGCCCAGGUGGUUAGGUGAGGACCACCCGGUGACCUCCCCGGCAUAAGGAGAAAUCACGCGUGUAGUGAUGCUGUGCGCACAGUCCCGGGGGUGCAUCUGAGCACUGCCUGCUGCCGCUCCCCUGCCCGCCAUCCGACCACCUGACGACUGGCAUCCUGGGCUCAAGUCCCAGAGUCCUGGGCGGGACCCCAGACUGGCCCAGCCCAGCUCGGGGGCCCCAUUGUAACUGCCAAAGGAUAAGGGAACACGGCCUGGCCCGCUGAGCUUCCACCAAGGGGGUGCAGCCCCGCCCCCACCGAAACUGGCAGAGUCGGCUUCCUCCCCAGCAAGGAGCAGCGUCUGUGAGGUGCAGCCGAACGGGGACAGAGUGACCAACGCCCGCUGCCUGCGGUCACACACCCUCUCCGCAGUACACCUCCCAGAGCAAGACGGCUCCCCCGGGACAAAGCAGACUUGCGCCGGAAGCUCGUGGGCAGAAGCCUCGCGGUUCCGCAGUUCUGCGUUUGGUAACCGUCCAGGGCCUCCGGGGAGGUGUGUUCCUCUCCCGGUUCUGUUCUUCUCAUCUUACAAAAUAAACUUGAAGGAAGGCA